GUCAUGUGCCUUGUUUGUCGAAAUGUGUUGCCAUGUGAGUAACGAAUACGAAGGAAAACCAUAGGAAGUACCGCCUUAUUUUUUGUUAUAAUGUCAACUAUUGGCCAGUUUAUACCCCGUUCAUAAAACCAUUGGCUAGAAACGAGGUCAUUUUGUGACGAUAAAACCCGCCUCUUUUACUCUAUAUCCGUACGUGUUCACGUUUCUUUGACGGUAAGGAAACUUAAUAAAGAGCUACAAUGUUCCUAAGUAAAUAUAAAUGUAAAAAUGUCUGAAGUAUGUAUUCUCUGGUGUUUAUAUGAAUAUUGUAUGCUCAUCACUCAAAGCUAAACCUUUUGAACUAUUGCAAGUAUUAUUUACUAUGCUAUUUGCAUUUCUAAACCUUUUUUGUAUGAUUCAAACCUGUGUUUAUGGCACUGAUAAGAUAGAACUACUGUUCCGGGCAGAGGACCGUUUUUAGUGAUACUCGGCCGUGAGGAAGAACAGUUGACAGGAGGAAAGUUCCUCCAUGCAAUCAUCAGAACCAAAAGGUCUUCAAACUAAGAUACAAUUUCAGUGAACCACUUUUGGAAAACUAUUUCAGCAGUUGUAUGUAAUUUAGGCAUUACGAAAAGCGAGCUAGCCUAGCCAUAGUGUCAGUGACUAAUAGUUUAGGGUUCCAGGAUCAGGUAGACAGUCAAUCCAAAGUUGCGACAGCAGUAUGACAGACGUCACUUGUUGCAAAACCAAUACCAAAACGCUGAAUUUCAAUGUUGGGGUUCUUGGACAUGUUGACAGCGGCAAGACCUCACUUGCCAGGUCGCUCAGUAGCACAGCAUCAACGGCUGCCUUUGAUAAAAACCCGCAGUCCCGAGAGAGGGGCAUCACUUUGGACCUCGGAUUCUCCUCUUUUACUGUGGACCUCCCGGACCAUUUACAGGAAAGCGCAUAUGAAAGCUUACAGUUUACGUUAGUGGACUGUCCUGGACAUGCGUCUUUAAUUCGCACCAUCAUUGGAGGGGCCCAGAUUAUUGACCUGAUGAUGCUGGUGGUGGAUGUGGUGAAGGGGGUCCAGACUCAGACAGCAGAGUGUCUGCUUGUUGGUGAGCUGACCUGCCCUAGAAUGGUGGUCAUCCUCAACAAGACUGACCUUCUGCCCCCCAACAAGAGACAGGGCGCCAUCGACAAGAUGACCAAGAGACUUCACAAGACCUUGGAGAACACAAGUUUCAAAGACUGUCCAGUAAUUGCUGUAGCAGCAAAGCCUGGAGGUCCUGAGGCACCAGACACGGAUGAACCCCAGGGCAUCCCUGAGCUGAUAGAGUUGCUGAAGAGCCAGACAUACCUCCCUCGCAGAGACCCAGAGGGGGCCCUGCUCAUGGCUGUGGACCACUGUUUCUCCAUCCGAGGUCAGGGGACGGUUCUGACUGGAACCAUCCUGCAGGGGGCGCUGGCUAUCAAUGACACUGUGGAGAUCCCAGCUCUCAAGGUGACGAAGAAAGUCAAGUCCAUCCAAAUGUUCAGGAAGCCUGUGUCUGCAGCUAUGCAGGGCGACCGGGUGGGGGUGUGUGUGACCCAGUUUGACCCCAAACUCCUGGAGCGGGGGGUGGUGUGCACCCCGGGCUCCCUGCACACCAUCCACGCUGCCCUCAUCUCAGCCAGAAAGAUCGGCUACUACAAAGGCCCCCUCGCUUCCCGUGCAAAGUUCCACAUCACCGUGGGCCAUGAGACCGUCAUGGCCAAGGUGACCUUCUUCGGCCUCCCCCCUGGUCAGACCCCCUCCGCCCCUCAGCUGGACCCUGUUGCCCUGGACACACCCUUCUCCUUUGACAGAGAUUACUUCCACCAGGAAGAAUACAUCAUUGGCCAGGGGGAGGCAGGAGGGGCGAAGUCUGACCCAGAACAGUGGGCCCUGCUGGAGUUUGAGCGUCCGGUCACAUGCCCGUCUCUCUGCUUGGUCAUUGGUUCUAAGCUGGACACAGACAUCCAUGCCAACGCAUGUCGACUGGCCUUCCAGGGGAGACUGUUGGAGGGCUUUGAGGAGAAGGGCUAUGCUGAGAGCACCCUGCCCCGCCUACGCAUCUACAAGACCAAACAGAAGGAGGGCCAGGUGGAGAGGGUGACUGAUGACUACACUGUGAUUGGACGAAACCUGUUCAAGAAGGAGACCAACCUGCAGAUGUUUGUGGGGUUAAAGGUCAAGCUGUCAACGGGUGAGGCCGGGGUCAUCGAGGGUGGCUUUGGACAGAGUGGAAAGUUUAAGAUCCGGGUACCAGAGGGUUUAAGCCCAGAGACCAAACAACUCCUGUCUUCCUCCUCUAAGAAGAAAGGAAAAGGCGGGGCAAAAGGGGAACCGGUCAAAGAGGAGGAGCCAAAGACAGACUCUCAACCUAUCAGCAUCCAUCUCACUUUCAAAAGAUAUGUCUUUGACCCCCAUAAGAAAAUGGUCCAGUCCUGAUCUAUAGAGUACGGGCCAUAGGAUGAAACCACUGUACACAGUGCUGGGUAAGAGAGAAGGGGGAUGACUGUAUGAACACAUCUCCCAAUCAGAAAGACAUGGAGCUCUAGUUUGAAUGUUCUGUGUAGUGCUGAGAUGCCUAAGCACAGAGAUUGUGUUUCUUUGAGAGCCCAGUUUAUAGUGGAGGUCAUAGCAAAAAUAUUUUUUACACACUACAUUUUUGUCAAACUUAGAAAUGUUGUCAAAUUUCCAAUGUGGUAAAUUUCCUGAGAAUAUCCUGACUUUAGAUACAGUUCUGUUCUAUAUCUUUGAUCCUGACCUGCUCUUUCCUUCCACCCUGUCCGAUAUUUCUCUCUCUCUCUCUCUCUCUCUCUCUCUCUCUCUCUCUCUCUCUCUCUCUCUCUCUCUCUCUCUCUCUCUUAUUCUCUCUCUCUCCUGCUCUUUAGUUCUUGUGUCUCUCUGCAUUUCUUUAUUUCAACUGUGCCUUCACUGACGUGACCACAUCAGAAUGCGUUGCCAAAGUAAUCAUCCAUUUCCACUAAUGUAACACCCGCUGAGUUCUGCGCUCUCCUUCCUCAUCAUGCGCUUCAGCUGGGGGUGAAAGGUCACUGUUCCCUGGGUUGGGUUUGGACACGUCCCUCCACUGCUCUCAUGUGAUUCCAUUUUUAUUUCAAAGUUUAAUUACAUUUUCUUUUGGCAAGACUCUGGCCAGGCUGUGUUUUACUCUGAUUACCAGCUGGAAUGAGAGAAGUAACUCUAAGUUUCCAUUUGAAUAAUGUAAGAGAGGCAAAAUAAAGUAAAUUAAUUCUG